UUGCAAGGAACAUCACGACAACGAAAUACAAAUCAUGUUUCAGCUUUUCCACUUCCAACAGAUUUUGGCUAUUGGGUGCUAACGGAGAAUAAGGAUUUCAGACUACCAUACCCGAUCUCACAAGAAAUUGACGACAUUCGAUUGAAGAUGGCAUCUAAACGAAAACCUCCGCCGUACAAGCAUAUAUCCUCCAAUCGAUACGUAAGUAGACCCAAAUUGCCCGGCGAAAUUAUGAUUUGUCAAUGUCCUCCAACGGGUACAUGUGAUGAGACUUGCGUCAAUCGUCAAACACAAUAUCUUUGUCAUCCGAAACACUGUCCUUGUGGAGAACGUUGUACGAAUGUUCAAUUCGGGAAACGCAAGUCGAUCAAAACAGAAGUGCAUUAUUAUGGUGCUAGAGGAUUUGGAUUGCGAACCAAAGAGCCAAUCGCAAAAGGACAAUUCAUUGAUGAAUACCGUGGAGAAGUGGUUGAUUAUAAUGAAAUGGUACGCAGAGUACGUGAUCAUUACAAAGACACGGGCAAUUAUUAUUUGAUGAUUUAUGAUGCACCAGCUGGAGAGAUGCUUGAUGGUGGUUUGAAGGGUAACAUUACACGUUAUGCGAAUCACUCUUGUGAUCCAAAUUGCGGUAUUCAGAAGUGGCUCGUUUGCGGAACAGACGAACAAAGAGCGGGUGAAUUUCAAGUUGCCCUUUUUGCUUCGCGUGACAUCGCAGCUGGAGAAGAAUUGACAUACGAUUAUGGCUGGUCAGCAUUUUCUCCCAAAACUGUUACAGGCGAAGCGGGAGAAGCAUGUCAUUGUGGCGCUGCAAAUUGUUCAGGAGUUAUGGGUGUGCGUAAA